AUGGCGGCGCUGGGCGGGCAUGGGCGGGCGGCGGCAGCGCUGCUGCGGCGGGGACCGGGGCUGGGACCGGGAUUGGGAGCCGKACCGGGAKYGGGAUCCAUACCGGGAKYGGGAKCYRUACCGGGAYYGGGAGCCAUACCGGGAGCGGGGCCGCGGCGGCACCGGCACAAGGAGAAAUGGGCUGCCACACUCCCUCGCAUCCCAUCCACACGGCUGGCUCUGCACCACUUCGACAUGAACUACGGCCUGCACUUGGGGGCCCUGUGGCCCUCGGUGCGCGCCGGGCUGCUCUGCGAACAGAAAUACGGGGCUCUCCUCAACAACUUCGCUGCUGCCAACCACGUCCCCGAAGAGCUGGAGCUGCUCAAUGCUGCUGAUUUCAUUUCUGAGGCGCCCCAAAAGGCGCAGCAAUGGCAGCGGGGUGCGGCUGAGGGGGAAGCGGCCGGAGGGUGCCAGGAGGGGACUGGUGAGGGCAGGACUGUGAUGCAGGCAGGAAUGGUGACACAGGCAGAGACGUCUCCACCGCUUUGCACCUCCAUCAGCUCCAAAAUCAAGUGUUACACCUUCCCCAGGGGCGACAUCAUGCGCUUUCGCCCUGCACGGCCGGAUGCUCUGGGGCUCCUCGACUAUUACCUCAUGGAUGCAGCAUCUCUCCUGCCYGUCCUGGCACUCAGUGUGCAGCCGGAUGACUUUGUCCUCGAUCUCUGUGCAGCUCCCGGUGGGAAGACUCUGGCUCUGCUGCAGACUGGCUUUUGUGGGCAUCUGGCAGCCAAUGACAUCUCCAUUUCCCGGACAAAGAGGCUGCACCAGAUUCUCCAUAGCUAYGUCCCCAAAGAAGUCAGGGAAACUGUGAGUGUCACGUCCUAUGAUGGAAGGGUCUGGGACCAGGUGAAAGGUGGCACUUUUGAUAAGGUGUUGGUGGAUGUGCCCUGCACAACAGACAGACACUCUGCCAUGGAGGAGGACAACAACAUCUUCCACAAGAGGCGAACCAAGGAGCGUCAGAUGCUGCCCAUGCUGCAGCUGCAGCUGCUGAUGGCUGGGAUUCUCGCCACAAAGCCGGGAGGAGAGGUGGUGUACUCCACGUGCUCGCUGUCCCCGCUGCAGAACGAGUGUGUGGUGGAGAGGGCGCUGGACGUUGCAGGAUCCCAGUUCAACAUCAAUAUCCACGUKGAGGACUUGAGCCACUUCCGGACGCUUUUCCAGGACACGUUUUCCUUCUUCUCGGACUGCCGGCUGGGGGAGCUUGUCCUGCCUCACCUCACAGCCAACUUUGGGCCGAUGUAUUUCUGCAAAUUACGUCGGGUGUAGAAAGGGUGACAGACUGUCCAUCUGCUGUCAGGAAAUACCCCAACAUUUUAGGGAAAGCAGAACUGCUUUAUAUUYAUUUUUCUUUCUGAAAUGUUGCAAAGGAAAUCUGCUUUUUACUGCAGACAUAGGGAAUAAAUGAGAAAGACCUGC